AUGGUCUAUCACAAUCUCAAGGCCCUCAUCAAGGGCAUCAGGUCGUGCAAGACCGUUGCCGAUGAGCGCGCACUUAUCCAGCAAGAGUCGGCCGCCAUCCGCGCCUCCUUUCGCGAAGAGGAUUCAUUCCAACGGCAUAAUAAUAUCGCGAAACUGCUUUACAUCCAUAUGUUGGGCUCUCCUGCCCACUUUGGUCAAAUAGAAUGCUUGAAACUCGUCGCGAGUCCCCGCUUUUCGGAUAAGCGUCUUGGUUAUCUUGGAAUCAUGCUGUUGUUGGACGAGAACCAGGAAGUGUUGACGUUGGUCACGAACUCCUUGAAGAACGAUAUGAACCAUUCGAACAUGUACGCUGUCGGCCUAGCACUGUGUACAUUUGCAAACAUCGCGUCUGAGGAGAUGUCACGCGAUCUUGCUAACGAAAUUGAGAAGCUUCUGGGAUCCAGUAAUACGUACAUACGUAAAAAGGCUGCUCUUUGUGCUCUGCGGGUCAUCAAGAAGGUACCCGAUAUCGCAGACCAUUUCACAGGCAAAGCCAAGAACCUCCUCACUGACCGCAAUCAUGGCGUCCUGCUCUCAGCAAUAACCCUUGUCACUGAAAUGUGCAUCGUUGAUCCUGCUAUACUUGAAGAAUUCCGGAGUGCUGUUCCGCUUCUAGUUCGGAAUCUGAAGUCACUCGUCACCACAGGUUACAGCCCAGAACACGACGUUUCAGGAAUUACGGAUCCUUUCUUGCAGGUGAAAAUUUUACGACUGCUCCGCCUGCUUGGGAAGGGCGACGAGCAAGCUAGCGAGACGAUGAACGACAUCUUGGCGCAGGUCGCAACAAACACAGAUUCGUCAAAGAACGUUGGCAACUCUAUCCUAUACGAGACGGUGUUGACUGUUUUGGAAAUCGAGGCUGAUACUGGCUUACGGGUAAUGGCUAUUAACAUCUUAGGCAAGUUCUUGGGCAAUAGAGAUAACAAUAUACGCUAUGUUGCCUUGAACACUCUCAACAAGGUCGUCUCAAUGGACACAAAUGCCGUUCAACGUCAUCGAAAUAUCAUACUUGAUUGUCUUCGCGAUGGCGAUAUUUCUAUCCGUCGUCGCGCUCUGGAACUUUCAUAUGCUCUCAUCAACGAACAAAAUGUCCGCAUUUUAAUCCGAGAACUCCUUGCCUUCUUGGAGGUCGCGAAUGACGAGUUUAAGCUUGGAUUAACGACCCAGAUCUGCCUGGCGGCGGAGCGCUUUGCACCCAACAAACGAUGGCAUAUUGAUACGGUUUUACGGGUCCUCAAGCUGGCUGGAAACUUUGUUCGAGAAGAAAUCUUAUCCGCUUUUAUUCGACUUGUCGCACACACGCCAGAAUUGCAAGCGUAUACGGCCUCAAAACUCUACCUCGCUCUUAAAUCAGACAUCUCACAAGAGUCUCUGACAUUGGCUGCGACUUGGAUUCUUGGCGAGUACAGCGACGUUUUGCUCGAGGGCGGCAUCGUUGACGACGAUCAUACCACGGUGGUUCGUGACUCUGAACUAAUAGACCUGAUCAUCUCUAUCCUCGACUCGCCAUACGCCAACUACCUCACACGUCAAUUUGUGCUUGCAGCCAUAACCAAGAUUUCUGCACGAACUACUACUUCUGCCUCAGAGCAAGAUCGAAUUGCUGAGCUUUUGGCCAAAUUCACAACGAGUCCAGAGCUAGAGCUGCAACAGCGGGCGGUGGAGUUUGCCAGUCUCUUCACUCUUGGCGACAUGCGGUUCGGCGUUCUUGAGCAAAUGCCAGCGCCAGAGUUGAAAGCAACUGUCAUGGGUGUCGUCAGCGAAAACAAACCUGUUGGUUCGACGAAAUCCAGCAAGGAGGUGGACCUAUUGGGAGAGGAUAUUACAACAGAUACACCAGUCCAUGGACAACCUACAAAUACAGCGCCAUCAAAUCAAGAUCUCCUUGCGGAAAUCUUCGGUUCAACAACAUCUAUACCCUCCUCUACUUCACCGCCUCCUGCCGCACCGCGCUCAACAGUUGAUGACAUAUUAGGCCUCUUUGGGUCGUCGGCUCCAACACCAUUGACUGGAUCCUCCGUUCCCUCCAUUCCUCCAACUCCCGCUACCGCAGUCCCAUCAGCAUUUUCGCUGCUGCAGACGCAAACGCCACCCACACCCGCCACACAUGCAGCACCGCGACUGACGGCGUAUACCGCUUAUGACAAGAACGACCUGAAGAUAACACUAACACCCCAGACUUCAGCGGCGAAGCCUGGAGUCGUAAUGAUUCUUGCCCGAUUCCAGGUGACUGGUGCAGCAGCUGCAACAGGCCUUAGCUUCCAAGCGGCGGUGCCGAAGUCGCAGCAACUGCAGAUGCUUCCUAUGUCAAAUCCCAGUGUAAACCCCGGUUCUGUAGAAACACAGCAGAUGAGGGUCGUUGCACCCAUAGGGAGCGCCGUCCGUCUUCGUUUACGCAUUGCGUUCGCCAUUUCUGGUCAGAAUUAUCAGGACCAGGUAGAUUUUUCUGGAUUUCCUGCAGGACUUACGGGCAGUAGUUGA